GAGAUUUUGUUUCAAUGCGUGUUCAUUGCAAUUUACUGAUUAUUUCCUAAUCAUUUUGAUUAAUAAUGAUCAAGAAAAUAAAACGUAUGGAAUAAAAAUAAUGAUAUACUGUAAUAUUAUGAUUUAUCUAGAAGCUUUAUUUAUCAUACUGUCAUACUGAACUAAUCUUAUUUGAUAAUACCCUAUAGUAUGACAUAUAAUUUGACAUGUUUCAAUGCUGAAACUGAUUUCACUCAUGAGGGUAUUAUGAUGUAUCGAUUUCGAGCUUAUGUAACACCAUUAAUUGUAAUAUUUGGAACGAGUGGAAAUAUUCUUGUGAUUAUUGUAUUUAUUAUAAUGCAAAAGAAAUCACCAUGUCGAUUUAACUCUUAUAUCAUUGGUAUUACAGUUGCACAUAUUAUGGAAUUAAUAUUUAAUGCAUUUCUGGAUGAUUUUCUUGGUAGAGGAUUAGCAUGGUUGACAAAAUGUAAUAUAAUAAUUAAACUAGAUACUUAUUCAUUAUUUUUGUGUAAAUUUUUCUCAUACAUUCCAGAAACAUCGGGAUUAAUUUCAACAAAUGUUUUAGUAUUAUUUAGUUUUGAUCGUAUACUUACUGUGUUUCAUCCAAUUCGAUUUCGUGGUGACCGUUAUCUUUAUGUAGCUUGUUUCGGUAUCAUAAGUAUUUAUAUAAUUGGAAUGAUAUUAUAUUUACCAACAGCUAUCAAUUCUGGUCUUGUAACAAAUCGGCAUAAUUAUACACUUUGUCAAUUUGUUGAUCCAUUAAAAUUUAGUGUUCAGUAUAAUUUAUAUUUAUCGAAUAUUGGUGCAACAAUUAUACCAACAUUAGUAGCAUUUGUAACCACUAUUAUUAUAACUGUUAAACUACGCAGAAUAUUUAAAGAACGUUAUGAUAUGUGUCAACAUGUUGAUCGUAAUACAAAUGAACUACGUCGUAUAGCUGGACAUUUAGCUAUGACAACAAUGUUUUUCAUAUUAAAUAUACCAUUAAUUAUUGUUGUUAUAUUAAGACAACAUUCAGAUUACAGUAAUUAUAAUACAUUCUAUCCAAAAUAUGCAAAUAAAUUAAAACAUCUUUCAAAGUUAUUCAGUUCUAUUAAAUCAGUGAAUGCUGCUAUGGAAUUUCCUACAUUUUUCACAUUUCUACCAUCAUUCCGUCAACAUUUAUGUUGUUUAUUAUGUAAACAACAAAAAUCAAGUUUAAAAGAUAUUUUCUCUUUACACAGUGUACAAGAAACAUGGAAAACAGUUUUAAGACGAAAUUAUGUUAAAUCAGAUACUACUAAUAAUACUAAUAAAAACCGAUCCACCGAUAAACCACAUAAUACAAGUUGAGAAUUACAUCUAUAAAUUAUCGAUUGCCUGAAAAAAACUAUUCAUUCAUGACCAAAAGUAUUUCUGGAUAUUAAUAACAAAAAAAAAGACAUAAGAAAGGUUUUUAUUUGUUAUUUCUAUAAAACAUUACUGUAUUAUUAAGAUUAUGCAAGACAAAUUAUCAUAAGAUUCUUUGAUUUUUAUGCAUAUUGUUGUUACUGGUAUGAAUUAUUCAUUGUUGUUGAUUAUCUAGUGUUUAUUGUUUAUUGUGUACUGGAUUUUUUUUUGUGAAGAACAUAUUCAAUUUUAAAUUGUGAGGUUCUUUUUUAGAAAAAAAUUUAGUCUAUUAACUGGAUAUGAAAAUCGUUAUAGUUCUCUACGUAGUUUUAUAAACAGUUAAGAGUUAAGCAAAGAUGGAUAGUGGCUAGCAGUGGAAUCCAAGAUGAGCGAUUCGUCUUAUUUGGGACUC